AUGCCUGAGUGGAAAGACGUACCACCCUACCCAUCCCCGAUGGAGUCUCCCAUCGCCUAUUUCAGAAACUUCUUUGACGUGACAUUCCCGUCUCACAUCUGUGAGCAGUCCUCCCUGUAUAGCGCUCAGAGGAAUCCGAACAAAGUUGCUUCAAUGACAGUCAAUGAUUUAGAGCAGUUCAUCGGUACAGUGCUCACUAUGUCGCUUAUGAAGCUGCCUCAAACACGCAUGUACUGGUCGCAGAGUUUCCGAGUCAGUCAAGUCGCCGACACCAUGACGAGAGACAGGUGGGAAGAAAUCAAGCAGUCGCUGCAUUUUAGUGACAACCAGGAAGCACCAGACCAGAAUGACCCCGAACGUGACAGGCUUUACAAAGUGCGGCCCCUGUUGGACCACCUGGUCGCCAAAUGCCGCGAGAUACCAAAAUCUCAAAAGCUAUGCGUUGAUGAGCAGCUGGUGCCGUUCAAAGGCCGCAGCUCAUUGAAGCAGUAUUUGCCCAACAAGCCCAAAAAAUGGGGUUAUAAGCUUUUCCUUCUCUGCGAUGAACGCGGCAUAAUGUACAACUUUGAAGUUUACACAGGCAAAAUUCUUCCUCAGCAAGGUUUUCCCGACAUCGGCGCAAGUGGCAACAUCGUCCUACGAAUGGCGAGUAUCGUGCCCCGCGGUCUAGACUACAUCUUGUAUUUUGACAACUGGUUUUGCGGCGUGGACUUACAAGUAGUCCUCAAGAAGGUUGGAAUCAGUUCCGUAGGGACAGUACGCGAGGCUCGCCUAAAAGGAUGCCAACUUCCAUCCGACAAAGAUCUGAAGAAGAAAGGGCGUGGCUCUUACGUGGAAAUGGCGACCAGAUUUGAAGGGGUGAGCCUGAGGGCUGUCAAGUGGUUUGACAACCGCCCCGUGACUUUACUGUCCACGUUUGCUUCAGCUUCACCCGAGCAGGCCGUGAAGCGCUUCGACAAGAAGACCCGAAUGACUGUGAGCAUACCCCGCCCUGCUAUUGUCGGCAUCUACAAUGAAUGCAUGGGAGGUGUUGAUCUUAUGGACAUGCUUGUGGCACUCUACCGCAUCCACGUAAGGUCAAAAAAGUGGUACAGGAGGCUCUUUUUUCAUUUAUUAGAUGUAGUAGUUGUCAACUGCUGGCUCCUCUACCGCCGAGAUGCCACCGCGGCUAACGUGCCUUGCAAGCACCAAAUGACCCUGCUAACAUUCAAAGCAGACAUUGCCUGCACGCUGAGGCAACAGGGAACGGUAUCAACACCUUCGAGGAAGCGACCAUUGGGCCCAUCAAAAGUCGAGAAUGAAUUGCAGGCGAAGAAGCGGCGCGGGCCAUCAGCUCCUGUUCCAUGCAAGGAGUGUAGCGAUCAUGCUAUGCCUUGA